AUGGUUGAAGAGGACAUUAUAUUUCAAGAUAAAUACUUAGUAGGUAGAAAGCUAGGAGCCGGUUCAUUUGGAUCAAUAUUAUUAGGAACUGAUAUUGACUCCGGUAAAUAUGUUGCCAUCAAGUUUGAAAAAUCAUCUCUAAACAAGCAGCCAUAAUUACCUUAUGAGGCUAAAGUGAUGAGAAAUUUGUCUUCAAGUAGUAAUCCAGUUUUUGGAGUGCCUAAAAUUCAUUGGUUGGCUAUGGAAUCUGAAUUCAAUAUUAUGGUUAUGGACUUGCUAGGAACAGACUCAUACAUAGUAAAUGUCAUUGAUUUUGGUUUAUCAAAGAAAUUUAGAGAUGCUAAAUCUUAAUAACACAUUCCUUACAGAGAAAAUAGAAAUCUUACUGGCACGGCUAGAUAUGCAUCUCUAAAUGCACAUCUUGGUAUAGAAUAAAGUAGAAGAGAUGAUCUUGAAGCUAUUGGCUUUUGUCUGAUUUAUUUCAUCUAAGGAAAGUUACCCUGGUAAAAUUUAUAGGCUAAUAAUAGAGCUGAAAGGUAUGCCAAAAUAGCUGAAAUAAAAUUAAGAUCUCCUGUAGAGCAUAUUUGUUCAGAUGUACCCUUAGAAUUUUCUAACUAUAUGCAUUAUGUAAGAGCUCUAAGAUUUGAAGAUAGACCAGAUUAUUAGGGGAUAAGAUAUAUUUUUAAGAAACUCCUUUAAAAAGAAGGUUAUGAUUAUGACCACCUCUUUGACUGGGUAAUUAUUAACAAUGCACAUCUUACUGAGAAUAUUUUUUCGGUCGAAAGUUUUGAAGACAUUAGAGCUAGAAUGGAUAAAGGAAAAGCCUUGAGAACAGAAAGUCUAGAAGGUAAUAAAGAUUAAGAAGACAAAGAAGAUGGAGAGGAAAAUUAAUUAGAUGAGGAUAAAUAAGAUGGAGAUAUGAAUUCUCCUGGAAGAAGUUAGAAUGAAUAAAUGAAUAGUAUAGACUCACCUAAUAAACUUGAUGAAACUAUGAAUCCUCAAAGCCAUUUACAUGAUUUAGCUGAUAAUAAAGAGCAUGAUACUAGUCUAAUUACUAACAAUGCGCUUCAUGAAGAAGUAGGCCUUGUUCGACCAAUCAAGGAUGAAAAAGAUAAAAACGGCUAAGCCUUAAUAAAUAGACUAGGAAUUCUUGAGACUAAUAAGCCUCAAAAGAAGUUCUUAUUAGUUAAUCAAGCUCCAAAAGAAAAUAAGCCAAUAGAUGAUAAGGAAAAAGAUAGACAUAAGAAAUUAGGAAAAAAUAAAAAGAAGAAAAAGCAAGAAAAAGAUGAAAAUUGUGGAAUAUUUUGA